AUGUAUCCUGCACAACCAGCAGGAUAUCUGAUGCAUGAUCGGAACAUUGACAAAGUAGACAGAGAUGAUAAUACAAUCGGCCGAGGUGAUGACUUAAUGAAUGCCGCUCGAACGGCAAACGAAGGAGUAAUAAUGAUGCACUACUUGAAUGAACUUGAUCUCACAAGUGUUGACGAGGAUGGAAAUACUGCACUUCAUAUUGCUGCAAUGCGGGAAGAGCUGGCUCUUGGAGUAACUGAAUAUCUGAUAUUGGUGCUACUUGUGUACAAUACACGAGCACGUAAGAAUGAUCAUGCCUUCAUUUGUCGUAUGCUAAUAGUACUAUCAUCACCCGUUCGGAUCUGGGAAGUUAAGAACAACGCAGGUCUCACUGCUGAAGAUUUAGCAACAGAUCAAAAAGUGAAACAGGAUUUGGAAUCACUCCGGAAAGGUGUAAAAAGAACAGAAUAUGAGUUCACGAAAUGGAAUGACGAUUUAAUAGAGAAGAGAACGGAUUGGAAAGAAAAUGGAAAAGUUUUGUUAGCAUUAGAUGGAGGCGGUGUUAAGGCAUUGGUGUUGACACAGAUAUUGUUAUUCUUGGAGAAUGAAUUGGGUGGAAACUUGAUGUCACGAAUUGAUUGGAUAGCAGGAACUAGCUCUGGAGGGACCACUGCGUUAAUGCUUUGCCACGGAAAGACGCUCCAGGAAGCAAAACGUUUCUUUCUGGAUUACAGGUUCCGAGUGUUUUGUGGAAAUAAGGUAAAAGUUCCUAAACAUAAUUCUAAAGGAGUGGAAGAUGCAGCAAAGGUACUGUUCGGAAAUAACCAUAUGGGGAGUUUUCCAAAAAAUGGUCCCAAGGUAUUAGUGGUCGUUGCUGACACUAGAAGAUCACCAGCAAAUCUUGUUCUGUUCCGUUCCUUUGCGCCGAAAAUCCCUGAGUCAUUAAGAGAGCAGCUGGACUACCUUGAUCCUGAGAAAAUAUUGAUCUGGAAAGCAGCUCGUUGUACGUGUGCUGCACCGUUUUACUUUGAUUCAUACAAUGGACUUUCUGAUGGUGGACUCGUUGCUAACAAUCCCACUCAAGCUCUCAUCGCAGAUUUCUUGCAAACUACUCGUCUUGAAAAAGAGUAUUCACCAGUGAAGUCUGUAGGACUAGAUCCUUGCAUGGCAUGUGUCAUUUCUGUUGGAACAGGUUCAAGCCCAGCUGAGAACACAAAUGGAAUUGACCUAAACUUCAAUAUUAUCUCGAACAAGAAAAAUCCCCUUGAAAUUGCGCGUGGUUUUAUGACUGUGGUGAAUAAUGCGAAAAAUAUGCUUCAAAUACUAGUUAGAGAGUGCACAUCGUCUAGUGGACAACCUGUACGAUAUUCGAGAGAGUGGUGCCAUUCUUUAAAUGUACCAUUCUUUCGAUUUUCUCCAGUUAUGCAAAAAGGAGUACAACUGGAUAAUACAGAUUUGGAUAUACUUAUUCAGAUGCUUUGGGAAACAGAGCACAUCGCCAAAGCCCAUAAUCUGAAAGGUCAACUGCCUGAAGGGAGCACGGAAUUUUGGCAACAACCAUUCGUUUCCGUACCGAAAGAUGAAAACAUCUACAAAAUCUUCAGAUGCAUCAGGUGGAAGGAAGAAGUGAAACUUCGCCUGAAGGUUCACAACAUUAAGGAAACAACAAAUCAAGUCUAUGUACUCGCUCGCCGUCCAAAUGUACCAACCAGAAUCCAAAAUAUGGAAAUGCCACUGAGCGUCCUCUCAAUACCGCCACUUCCAGCUCUGAAGCAAACAUUCAUUACGUCAAAAAAACCAUACAGCAAUAUGGGACAUUUGUACGAUCGUUGCGAAUGCACACCAGCCGAAUCUCUAGUAAGAUGUACAUGUAGGGACGAUGACAUUGCGGCCAGCUUCCACGAUAUUGACAACUUGCUUCCACUAACACGGCAACAGGUGCGACUAAUAUAUCAUCCAAGGCACGCAAUCAUUGCCAAAGUUGAUCAAGACGUUUCUGGUGAGAUUAUCCUGAACAUCAAAGAUGUCUUUGAUGAAACUAUGAUCGAAAUGACGGACGAUACAUGCACAGUUGAAAAUGCACAGCUAACAGGGUACUACCACUGCAGCAAAGGAGCCACAGCAAAGAUAGAAUGCACUUCGUCGUUCAACAUCGUCUCUGCAGAAAUUGAAUGCGGCAGUGACAGCUUCACAGUCUCAUGUUCCACUUCGGGAGAAAUAUCUAAACUCAAUUUUCAAUGCAGCCCGGAUUCAAGUUCAAUGUUCAGUGAAAUGUGGAUUGCGCAUUAA